UGGUUAUAUAUAGGCAGCUCUCUCUCCUUAUAAGGCCUCAGGGAGAGGCAGGUGGGGGACGGUUGGAGACGGGUGGUGGUUUUGUUGGCCUGGUACUUGGUUUAGGCUGACUCCCUGCGGAUUCAGGCUGACAACCGAAGUCGUUGCAAAGGGAAUCUCAAGGGGUCAGUAUCUACAGUGUCACCAUGUCAGUGUGGCUCAAACGUGGAAGUUACAACCAUGAAUACCACCACAAACAGAGCAAAUAUGUGGUUAAAGAAUACAGCAGCUCUGAGGCGAUGGAGGAAAGAUAUGAGCACAAAACAAAAGCUCGCAUCCAGGAGGUGGUAAGCACCAAGAUGGCUCAAAAAUAUGUACGUGAGGAGCCCAUGAUCAGGGGACCGCAGUUCCUGGUCAGACUCAGAUCACACACUGUGUAUGAAAACACUCCCAUCAAGCUCUUCUGUACUGUCGAAGGAUUCCCCAUGCCUGUUGUCAAAUGGUAUAAAGAGGGUGUGAUCCUGGACAUGUCCUCUGGAAGGUACUUGGUUGAAUCCAAAGGUGGAACUCAUUCCCUGGAGAUCAUGAGAUGCGCAACUGAUGACACAGCCCAGUACACUGCAGUGGCCGGUAACAGCCAUGGACAGGCCUCUACUCAAGCUUCCAUUAUUGUCAAGAGGUUCAAGCAGGAGGAUGAGUCUUGUCCAUAUGGGUGGUUGCCUUACACAGCUGCCAUGCUGCCUAAGAUCCAAUACACUAAAAUCAACAUUACUUUUGUGGAGAAGUUUGGCCCUGUGUUUGCCACCGAGGGAGACUCUGCCACUCUGACUGCCACCAUGACCCUGGAACCCAACCUGGCCAACCUGCAGCCUGAGGCUCAGUGGUAUAGAGAUGACACUCGUCUGUUUGACUCUAAAUGGGUGAAGAUUGAAACUGGCAGAGGCGUCUCCACUUUGAGUCUUCCAAACCUCUACAAAGACGACGAAGGCGUCUACACGCUACGCAUGGUCACCAGAGGAGGCACCGCAGAACACAGUGCAUUUGUCUCGGUUGCUGAUGGGCCUCCCCCAGUCCCAAGUGCACCCGGAGCUCCCAUGGACAUCAAGAUUCAUGAUGCCAAUAGAGAUUAUGUCAUUGUGUCAUGGAAGCCUCCUAAUACCACUACAGAGGGUCCAAUCCUGGGAUACUUUGUGGACAAAUGCGAGGUUGGAACUGAAAACUGGACUCAAUGCAAUGACCACCCCAUAAAGAUCUGUAAAUACCCAGUGUGUGGGCUGUUUGAAGGACACUCCUAUUACUUCAGAGUCAGAGCCGUCAACUCCCGUGGAAUCAGCAAACCAUCUCGCAUGUCUGAUCCUAUCGCUGCACUGGACCCCACUGAGUUUGAGAGGCUCCAUGCCAAAAAGCUCGGAGGAAGACUGGAUGUUGUGUCUUACCACGAUGAAGUUGAAGCUGAAGGAAAGCCUCCAGGUCCUCCAUCAGGAAUUUAUGCCUCAGAAAUAGACAGGACAUAUGUUGUUUUGAUCUGGAAAGCCCCGCAAUACUCCAGCAAGGCUCCCAUGUGGUACUACAUAGAAAAGUGCAUGGUGGACAGCGGUGGGUGGCAGCGCGUUAACACGCAGGUCCCUAUUCGUUCACCCCGUUACGCCGUCUUUGACCUGGCAGAGGGCAAACACUAUAAGUUCAGAGUUUUGUCAGCCAAUAUUUAUGGAACCAGUGAGCCAUCAGAGGAGACUGGACCCAUCGAGACCCUGCAACUCAAAGGUGUACCAUCUGCUCCCGGUCAGGUGAUUGCGACAAGGGAAACAGACACCUCAGUCCUCAUUCAGUGGGCUUCCCCGAAAGAGCCCAACAAUCUGAUUGGUUACUACAUUGAUCAGUGUGUGAAGGGGUCCAAUGCCUGGACCUCAGCCAAUCACAAGCCUCACAAGGACACCAAGUUUGUUGUUAGUGGACUGACGAAAGGAGAAACCUAUGUGUUCCGUGUCCAGGCUAUCAAUGAACUGGGUCUUAGUGAUGAAUCCCAGGAAUCUGCACCUCUCACUGUCAAGGCUGCCCUCACUACCCCCUCUGCUCCUUAUGACGUUGCACUGCUGAGCUGUGACGGCCACUCGAUGGUGCUGAACUGGAAGAAGCCUCUUCACUCUGGAGGUGCAAAAAUCAAGGAUUAUUAUGUGGAUAAAAGACGCAGCGGCACAACCAUGUGGAGGGAGGUUCAUAUUCCACCACUUUCAGAAAGGCUUUACAAGGUGGAGGGCUUGACAGAGGGAGCGGUCUAUCAGUUCCAGGUUUAUGCAGCCAGCCUGGCUGGACUUGGACCAGCCUCCAAACAUUCAGCUGACUUCACGUGUGAGGCUUGGAAUAUGCCAGAGCCUGGCCCUGCCUAUGACCUGAGUUUCUGUGAAGUGAGAGAUAAUUCGUUGGUGGUUGAGUGGAAAAAGCCUGUCUAUACUGGUUCUGGACCAAUCACAGGCUAUCAUGUAGAGUAUGCUAAGACGGGCACUUCUGAUUGGACCACAGCCAAUGAAAAAGCUGUCAGUCACCGCUUCCUAAAGGUAACGGGUCUGGAGGCGGGCACUAGCUACGUGUUCAGGGUGCGUGCGGUCAAUGAGGCAGGAGUGGGUAUGGCCUCCAUGGCCUCUGACUCUGUGAUUGCCAAGUCUGUGGAAGGUUCCCAGGAGGUGUCCUGUGUUGUGGAUGAGAAAUCAGGUGACAUUGUUCUGUCAUUUGAGUCCUGCCAAAUGAACGAGGGCUCUCAGUUCAUCUGGAAGAAAGAUUAUAAAGAAAUCACAGAAUUUUCCAAGGGAGUCGUGAUUAAGACGGAAGGCAGCGUCUCUAAGCUGAUCUUCCAGAACCCAGAUAAAGAGGACUUUGGGACAUUCUCUGUUUCUGUCACCAACACAGAUGGGGUGUCUUCCAGCUAUGCAAUCACUGCUGAAGAGCUGGCUAAGAUGAUGGCGCUAAGCUACGACAUCAGACAUCCAAUCAUCCCGCUGAAGUCUGAGUUGGCCUAUAAGAUUCUGGAGAGAGGCAGAAUGAGGUUCUGGCUGCAGGCUGAAGAGAUUUCCUCCAAAGUCACCUACAAAUUCUUUGCAAACAACAAGGAACUGUCGGGAGCUGAUCCCAACAAGAUGGGUCAUGACGUCUCUACGGGUAUCAUUGAGUUUAUCAUGGACCAUUUCACUGAGGAGAAUGAGGGGACAUUUACCUGCCAGAUCACAGACGGCGGAGGCAAAGCGCAGAGCUCGCUGGUUCUGAUUGGAGACGCUUUCAAGGCAGCGUUGGCUGAGGCUGACUACCAGAGAAGAGAGUACAUCAGAGUCAAAGAGGGUCCCCACUUCAGUGAGUUCCUGUCACUUCAGGUUGGAGACGACUGCUCUGUCACUUUGGUCUGCAAGGUUGCUAACUUGAAGAAGGAAUCAGAGUUCCACUGGUAUAAAGAAGACACCGAGAUCAUCCCUGAUGUGAAGCCUGACCUUGGAGCAGGAGUCUGCAAACUGCCAAUUAAACUGUUUUCACUGAAGACAACAGGAAUCUAUAAGGCUACCAUUAGUGAUGACAGAGGAAAAGAUAUGAGCCAAAUUGACGUCUCCGGAAAAGUCUUUGAGGAUGCCAUAAAUAAACUCAGUCAACUGGCUGGAGCCAGUGCAGCAGAGCUGGUGAUUAACUGCACAGCAACGGGCAUUCAGCUCCAGUGUCACAUGAAGUAUUUCACAUCAGAGAUGAACAUUGCCUGGUAUCAUGGUGAGACUAAACUCUCCCACGGUGACAAGAUUGUGAUUGGAGGAACCCCUGCUAUGGCAACAAUGGAGGUGAUCGAGCCAGUGGAGAAGGAUAAAGGAACGUACUCCAUCGUCAUCACCGACCCUGAAAACUCACAUAAACGCACACUGAACCUCAGCGGCGAUGUGUAUGAGAAGGCAUAUGCCGAGUUCCAGAAGCUCAAGGCUGAGGCCUAUGCUGAGAAGAACCGUGGUAAGGUGGUGGGAGGACUGCCUGAUGUGGUCACCAUUAUGGAAAAGAAGACACUGAGUUUGACAUGUACAGUGUGUGGAGACCCCAAACCUUUGGUGUCAUGGUUGAAGAAUGGAGUAGAGGUUGAACCUGAUGAUCAGUAUGUGGUCUCUCUGGACCAGGGCAGGUUUGCCAGUCUGACGAUCAAAGGCGUUUCCAUGGAGGAUUCUGGCAGAUAUACCAUGAUUGUCCAGAACAAAUAUGGAGGGGAGUCUGUGGAUAUAGUGGUCAGCGUGUAUCGCCAUGGGGAGAAAAUCCCCGAGGCAAAACCAACUCUGACACCUAAAACAAUCAUCCCUCCAAAAAUGCCCAUCGAGAUCCCUCAGCCUAAAACCCAGCCUGCUUCAAGCCCCGCCCCCUCUGCUCCAAGUCCCGCACCUCCAAAGGCAGCACCUGGAAGAGGAGUGAAGAGUCCCACUCCCACCAGGAGGAAGUAAACAGCACGGGGCCGAAGCAUAUUCAGGCACCGGUGGAUAUGUAGACCACACAUAGCGUAGUAGCUUUAAUUGAUAUAGAAAGGAGCAAAGGCAUCUGCCAUUAAAUUAGAGUCAAGAAAACUAAAAAUAUUGCUUGUAUUGUAUGGAAACAACAAAAAUUUGUGAAAUCAAUAAAACAGAAAACUAGCUCAUAUCUGAGAACAAAAAAAGUGCAAAUUGGUUCUAUCAAUGUGAAAGUUCAUCAAGUCUGAAAUUUGAAUAAAAAUUGCAGAAAAAAGGAAUGAGACGUGUUUUAAAUUAUUACAGGGAAAGUACGGCCCUGUUUUCAAAUCAACAUAUAUAUUAUAAAAUAUACAUCACAUAGAGUACAUUGUUGGUCGCCAACAUGGAUGCAUCUGCUCAGACUGCUCUGCACCCACAGCUUCGAAAGAUGUUCCCCCAUGUCACAUAAAAGGUUGAUAUGUUAGGAACACUAGCUUUGAUGUGCCCUCAUCAGUAUCCUGCUCAACAGACAUGUCACAUUUUUCAUUAUUUCCUGCGUUUUUCAUGUUGUGCAACAUAUCGUGCUUUAUGGGAUCCUUGGCAGAAUUUCCUAAUUCUCUCAUAUGCUCUCACAUCCACACCACCCUUUGAAGAUCGGGCCAAGCCAAGUCAUGGCUCAGUUGAGAGAGGUGGGCUCGCUCUGCCUAUACAUUUCAGCAUAUGAUCAGUGGAUUGGCACGGGCUCGCAGUCCUUCACACAUUUAGACAUGUUUUGGAAAAUCCGUCUUGUGUAAUGGGGACACGCACGUCAACAAAAGGGUUAGGAUCACAGCUCUCAGCCACGGCUACAUCUAAUAUAAUCGAAGUUCGCUUAAAGAAACUUCCUUCACGUGUACGUUAACGCAGGGAAAUAGGUCUGGCUGUACAAAGUAGUCAUUAUGCUGCCACCUUGUCAACACUAGCAAGUGAUGGUUGCAGAUAUAUAACAUCACCAUGGUGAGAUGCUGAACACGCCGAAGAUCAGCCGGCAGUGAAUCACCACUAAGUAAGCUGGAGCUGUGAAGCAGGGCUGUCAUACUAACACCGCUGCUCCUGAGAACUGUCAGAUUCUACUUACCGGUAACUCCGACUGUUAGUGCGAAAUAUUUUUGGGACAUCUAUAUGAAUUCUACCCUACAGCCAAAUAUGAUUCUUGUUAAGUCCUCGUGGUCAUCAGCUGCCAACAGCAGAGACAGACGUGCGGGGAGCAUUCAGGUCGGAGGACUCGUGCAGGAAGUAGUGGUGGCAGAGCUGAUGAAAAGAUGGCUGAUGAGAUUUGUGGUUCAUUAAAGCUGAUGAGAGGAGUAGAGAGAGAGAGAUGGAGAGGCGAGGGGUAAAGUCAUUGUUUCUGUGUUUGCUGUUGCUAAUAAAAGAAAGAGAUUACACUUUG